UUCCCAGCACUGGCGCACGCCACUUGCCUGUUGCCUCUCGAUCGGUCUCGGCAGCUCAACGCCGGCAAGAAGCCCCCCUAGCUCGCCGCCGGCAGCUCCACCACUCGAGCAGGCUGCAGCCAGCCAUGGGCUCCACCGCCACCGACGUGGCCGCGGCCGCGGACGAGGAGGCGUGCAUGUACGCGCUGCAGCUGGCGUCGUCGUCCAUCCUGCCGAUGACGCUCAAGAACGCCAUCGAGCUGGGCCUGCUGGAGGUGCUCCAGAAGGACCCCGCGGCGGCGCUGGCGCCGGAGGAGGUGGUGGCGCGGCUGCCCGUGGCGCCCACUAACCCCGACGCGGCGACCAUGGUCGACCGCAUCCUGCGCCUGCUCGCCUCCUACGACGUCGUCCGGUGCCAGAUGGAGGAGGGCAAGGACGGCAAGUACUCGCGCCGCUACGCCGCCGCGCCCGUCUGCAAGUGGCUCACCCCCAACGAGGACGGCGUCUCCAUGGCCGCCCUCGCGCUCAUGAACCAGGACAAGGUCCUCAUGGAGAGCUGGUACUACCUCAAGGACGCCGUGCUGGAGGGCGGCAUCCCGUUCAACAAGGCGUACGGCAUGACGGCGUUCGAGUACCACGGCACGGACCCGCGCUUCAACCGCGUGUUCAACGAGGGCAUGAAGAACCACUCGGUGAUCAUCACCAAGAAGCUGCUCGAGUUCUACACCGGCUUCGAGGGCGUCGGCACCCUGGUCGACGUCGGCGGCGGCAUCGGCGCCACCCUGCACGCCAUCACCUCCCACUACCCGCGGAUCAAGGGGGUCAACUUCGACCUGCCCCAUGUGAUCUCCGAGGCGCCGCCGUUCCCCGGCGUGCAGCACGUCGGCGGCGACAUGUUCAAGGCCGUGCCCGCCGGCGACGCCAUCCUCAUGAAGUGGAUCCUCCACGACUGGAGCGACGCCCACUGCGCGGUGAUCCUCAAGAACUGCUACGACGCGCUCCCCGCCGGCGGCAAGGUGAUCAUCGUCGAGUGCAUCCUGCCGGUGAACCCGGAGGCGACGCCCAAGGCGCAGGGCGUGUUCCACGUCGACCUCAUCAUGCUCGCGCACAACCCCGGCGGCAAGGAGCGCUACGAGAGGGAGUUCGAGGAGCUCGCCAAGGGCGCCGGCUUCACCGGGUUCAAGGCCACCUACAUCUACGCCAACGCAUGGGCCAUCGAGUUCACCAAGUAGAUCUCUGAAGCUGCUUCCUCGUGCUGUUGUCGCGCAUGUGCUUUCGCUUAAUUUGCUUUCUUCUUCUUCAUCAUCAUCAUCCUACUGGCCUGCCUGCCUCCAUGUCCAUGGCCACCAUCGAUCUUGUUCUGGAUUCCAAACAAACUCUAAUGGUUGUAUGUGUUGAGAUGUCUCUACCAUGUACCAUUAAUAACAGCCAAGGUACUCUUAUAUAUAUACAUACAUACUUAAUAUGAUGACAUACAUGAUGAUUCCU